AUGUCAGACAACUCACAACGUACAUUUUACCCUCCUGGCGCCGUGCCUGUCCCUAGAACAACCAUGGCUACUCCUGGCGCUUCUAGACCAUCAGCCUUGUCGUCCGGCGCAUCGUACAACAAUCUUCUGCACGCACUUACGACCCAAAGAGCUCCUACGAUACAACAUCCUUUAUCUGAAUCUCCUCGUCAUACGCCUAUGCCUGCCGCUCAUCCAGCUCCAAUCUAUCCGGCUCCAGUCCAUGUCGAUCCAGUCUUGAUUCGCAUCAAAUUCUUGACUGAUACCUUCAAUGCUGCCGCCACGAACGACCCUAUCUUCUACAAACUCUACUGCAAUGUGCGCAAUGCCCAGAGUCACAACAAUGAGUACCCGGACCUUGUUUUUUUCCUCCGUCUGCAGCUCCAGGUUGGCUGGGUUCAGUUUCUUGUCGACACCCACCGCGAGAAUGAGAUCGAGCACGACACCGCCGCCUUGAUUCGUGAGCGCAAAAGCCUCAUUGAAUGGCUUGUACAGCAAGACAGAACGAUCAAGCAACGCUUCGGACAGUAUCUUCAUCAGCAGCUCUCCAGAUUUGCACCUCUCGACUUCGAUCCCUGGCAGACCCACCCCGUCGCAAGUCUUAUCGACCGUCUCUACGCGCUUGAGACCAAUGCCUUCUUUGAGCCCGCCAAUGUUCCUAUGCCCACCAGACAAGAAUAUCGCAUUCGCGUUGUCACUUUUCUCGAAUACGAAGGAGGCUGGCCCCAGAUUUACCAGGAUGUUAACAUUUGGAAGCAAAUCGGCUGGACCCAGAUGGAACGCCUUCUUUCUGCUUUGACGCAGAACAUUCAAUCUGCUCAACUUCACUACAACCAUGGCUGGCAGAGUGGAGGUUAUCACGGUCACUGGUUGUAUCUGGUUGGUGAGGAGGAAGAAAGUAAUCGUGUGCUGGACUCCGACUAUAGUUUGCAGGCAAUGAAAGGGUUCCUUGCCCAGGGUCAGAGCAUCUCAAUAAUCCACUCUCAGCAGGUGGAGAUCAGAGACAAUCUGGAUCUCGCAGAUGCUCUGGGCCUGGAGCUGGACCGCCCCUUCCAGUUCUGCAAGCACCUGCCUGCGGGCUACACCUCCGAAAUCAUGGGGGCUUAUCCCAACCCCCUGCCCUUCUCGUACCUGAGUCGCAGGGUCAUGUCUGACCAUGACCUUGUGAUUCGCGUCAGGAGAGGCAAGCGGUCGGAGGCUGCUCGCCGUGCCAAGCACAGGCAUGAUAAGGAGGUCAAGGCCAAGAACAAGGGCGCCCUCGCCGUCCUUGCUUCGAGGCCCAAGGUCUGA